AAAAAAAUAAAAAAAAAUAAAGUGAAAAAGUUCAAAUAGAAUCAAUUUUUUGACCAAUGCCCUGAUAAAAAUAAAUUUAUUUGUAUAUAAAUGGAACGAUUAAAACAACCUAUUGACAUUGUAUACCGUGAUGAAGAUUGGUUUAUAAUAAAUAAGCCUUAUGAUUGUAGUAUUCAAAAUUAUUCUAAUCGAUCUGAUCCUUCAGUUGAAAGUAUUUUAAAGGAACAAUUCCCUGAAAUUACAAAGUUUCGAAAUGUCCACCAGCUUGAUUACGCUACUUCAGGAAUUUUUGUAUUAGCAUUAAAUAAAAAAGCUGCUGCUGUUGCAAGUAAACUUUUUAGUGAACGCAAAGUGAAAAAAACAUAUUUGGCAAUACUUAAUGGUCAUUUACGUAAUGAUAGUUAUUUUAUUGAACAACCCAUUGCUGAAGAUCCUAAUCAUGACUUUCGUAUGAAAAUUAGUAGUACAGGAAAGCCUGCGCAAACAUUAAUACAAGUCAUUCAACGAGGACAAUAUCAAUACAAAGAUAAGGAAACAGGUACAGAAAAGACGAUUCCAGUAACUAAAGUGAGCCUUUCUCCGAUAACUGGAAGACGCCAUCAAUUGAGGUUACAUACAAAGUUUAUUGGGCAUCCAAUUGUAGGCGAUUAUAAUUAUGAAGAAGACUAUACAGCCACUUUUCGUAUGAUGCUACAUGCGCAUCAAAUUAUUUUUCCUUUGCCAGAAACAGAAGAAUUGAAAGCUACAGCAAAUGAUCCAUUUAUAAAUCUUAUCAAAUAAAAAUGAAUGAAUUCGUUAAUACAGAAGAUUUAAA